AUGGCUCGUACAAAGCCGACUGCCUGCAAAUCCACCGGCAGAUCCACCGGUGGUAAAGCACCCAGGAAGCAACUGGCUACAAAAGCCGCUCGCAAGAGUGCGCCCAUUACUGGAGGGGUGAAGAAACCUCAUCGCUACAGGCCUGGUACUGUGGCACUCCGUGAAGUUACGAUUCCCAAACUUCCCUUCCAGCGUCUGGUGCGAGAAAUUGCUCAGGAUUUUAAAACAGAUCUGCGCUUCCAGAGAGCAGCUAUAGGUGCUUUACAGGAGGCAAAUGAGGCCUAUCUGAUUGGCCUUUUUGAAUACACCAACCUUGCAGUGGUACAAUCCAUGUCUGGACGUGGUAAGGGUGGGAAAGGCUUAGGUAAAGGAGGCGCUAAGCGUCACCGCAAGGUUUUACGCGACAACAUCCAGGGCAUCACUAAGCCAGCCAUCCGACGCCUUGCUCGUCGUGGCGGUGUCAAGCGUAUUUCUGGGCUUAUCUAUGAGGAGACUCGCGGUGUUCUGAAGGUGUUCCUGGAGAACGUGAUUCGUGAUGCAGUCACUUACACGGAGCACGCCAAACGCAAGACCGUAACAGCAAUGGAUGUGGUUUAUGCGCUGAAGCGACAGGGACGCACUCUUUACGGCUUCGGUGGCUGAGGCUCCCGCUUACUUCGCUCAGUAUUUCUCUUUUCAACCAAAGGCCCUUUUUAGGGCCGCCCACUUUUUUCGUAAAAGAGCGGACAUCUUGUUUAUCCUGUUCUGUUCCAGGUUUUUGCUGAAAAGCAGUCGUUGUGCACUAGUGUACAUUUAGCAGAUGAAGUGUUUUGACCUGAAGAUUCAUCCAGCAACAAGUGAAUGCAUUUCCUUUUAGAAAUUAAGAAUCUGGACCCUUCUUUGGUGCAGAGCAUACUAGUUAAGAUAAAUACAAGUUUAUUUUCUGUGGAUAUGAGGUUCAAAAAGGGUAUUCUAGAUCAACAGGUCCCUCUUUGUUCCAGCAGUAGUUCUGGAACCCAAAUUCCCUCUGUCUUUGUGGCUUAGCCAUCUUAAAUGUGGCUUCCACAUUUGCCCUGCAAAGGGAAAGAAGAUGGAAAAAUCCUUCGUGGAAAGUUUUGUUAUGUCCCAGGCCUGGAAAUGUCAAUCUUUACUUGUAUUUAUGUUCCAUUGGCAGGAACUUAGCUAAAAGGCCACACCUAAUUGGAAGAGAAGCUGAAGAAAGAGGUUUCAACAUGGGCCCAAAAGAAGAAAAAGGUUAAAUUAAUGACCAGAAUUAAUAAGAGAAAAAGCAUAUGAAUUUAUUAACGUGUACACUGCAGAGGGGGUUGGAUAGAGUGAUCACCCAAUAUUGCAAUUGGGCAUAGAUGUUUAUCCUACUUCCUAGGGAAAUGGGAGCUUGAGAAGUGUUUUUAGGGGUAUAAUAUGAUUUGUUUUAUGCGACCACUAGAGCCGGCGCCAGAGGAAAAGGCAAGUAGGCAAGAUAAAAAAGGAAACUUUAUUACCUAGCCAAUGUAAAGAAAGAGGAAGCGAGGUUCACCGGUCUCCAGCGGCGGAGGCCGAGGAAGUCGCUCCGGCGUUCUCCGACGAGGUUCCUGGGUCCCGCGUACGAGGAGUGGCCCGCCCGGCGCCUGCCGGGAGCAGCUUUUAUGUUUUGGGCCUGGGAGUGGGAGGGCAGUAGGCAGGACGCGGGCGGGUGGAGGGCUGUGCGGUGGGCACGGCCAGGUAAAUCUUGGUCCCUUCGGAUUGACCACACCUGGCGCAUGCCCGGUUGAUCUGCACCUUCCCGGGCUGUGGGAAAGUUGGUGAUGAAGAACCCGGAAGUGCGCCAUCUUAGUCACCUUUGUUCUUUGUUUCCCUCUCCCUCCCUCCAGACAUAAUAAAUGACUUUUAGGGGAAUUCAGUGGGCUUGAAGAACAUGCAAGAGCCUGGGACAAUGUCUGUUAGGGCUGCAGAGUAGGCAGUGGUUUGUGACAGAAUCUAUCUAGGCUUGUUGACAGGCUUGUGUUUCUCCCUGUGAUAUUAGUUCAUUUAAUGAAAACUCAGGAUAGAGACAAAAGAUAAUUGUAUUCUUUGGCAGGUUUGGACUUUAGGCAGAUAAGGAACUUCUGAAAACAACUUCAUCCUGUACUUUGGGAGACACAGAGAAUUGAGAGAUAGGAGGGAUGGGGAGAAGGUCAGAGAGACCUUGUAGCUUCUUCAGUUCAGGAUGUCAAAGUGCCAUAUUUUGGGAUAUCAGUUUCUGAGCCCCAACAGUGUCAUAUAUCUUUGAUUUUAGAUAUCAUCUCUUGCUCUCAAUCCAUUUCCAGAAAACCUGCUUAUCUUCUGAAGUUGCUGUGCAGAAGCCCCCAUGUUGUUCUUCAUAGUGGUAGAAACAAAAGUGAAAUAAAAGUCAGAAUUCUUUGUUACACCCAACUGUAAGCUUGAGCAAUCGCCUCAUCAUUACAAAAAUUUAUUGUUUCUGGUUUAUAAAUGAGGAAACAAGCUGAAUGAUUCUGCAUAAUGCCUAAAGUCAUCCAGUUAAUAAAUGAUGUAACAAAUUUCAACCCAGGUAGUAGGUCUCAAAACUCUCCUAAUGUUAAGCAUAUUCCAUUGCUGUGCUAUAGUUUGUGAAAAUAAAUAAAAUUUGAUGUGAUGGUGCAUUUCUGUAGCCCGUCCUACUCUGGAGGCUGAGGUGGGAGAGUCAUUAGAGACAUGAGUUGGAGGCUGCAGUGAGCUAUGAUUGAGCCACUGCACUCCAGGCUGGGUGACAAAAUGAGACCUCAUCUC